CACGUGAUUUCUCGGAAAAGGAGCGACUGGCCUUUACACUGGAGACGCGGAGAGACGGACAGACAGAGAGACAGAGACAGACAGAGAGACAGACAGAGACAGAGAGACAGAGAGACAGAGAGACAAAUCACUUUAUUUUGAAGGAAAGCAAGCCCUGCUUUUGUUGAGGUGUAGCCUACUAAAAAAUUACAGACAGCGUGAAUUCAUUUCUGCAAAAGUUUGUGAACGUUUUACCAAUUGUUUUUGUUUUGUUUUGGGGUUGGCAUGUAGCGAUUUAUUACUUAUUUUAAAGAAACCGUUCUGGAUACUGUGUUAUUAUUAUUAUUAUUAUUAUUAUUAUUAUUAUUAUUUUGUAGCGAGUGUCAUAUGAAAAUGCUUUUGUAAAACAAAGACCGGAUAGAUAAAUAUCUACCAUUUCAUACUUCAGCUGCGCUUCGAUAGUUAAGCUCUCUCAGGUCACGCGUGUGUUGCCAUGGCGAUGGGGCGGGCCCGUUCCUCUCGCAAGCUGAAGCAGUGGAUUGUGGAUCAGGUGAUGAGCGAGCAGUACCCCGGGCUGGUCUGGGACGACCCAAACAGAACCAUGUUCAGAAUCCCGUGGAAACAUGCAGGAAAACAGGACUUCAGAUCUGACGAGGACGCGGCCAUAUUCAAGGCCUGGGCGGUCUUCAAGGGGAAGCUGAGGGCGGGGGAUAAGGAAGACCCGCCCACCUGGAAGACUCGAUUCCGCUGUGCCCUGAACAAGAGCUCCGAAUUCGAGGAGGUCCCGGGACGGUCCCAGCUGGACAUCUCAGAACCGUACAAAGUCUAUCGGAUUGUGCCUCUGUCAGAACAGGGCAAAGACACUGGGGCAGUGCGCCUGGGCUCUAGAGGGAGAGAGAGAGAGAGGGGGAUGAAGAGGAGGAGAGUGAAGAGCGAGUCAGACAGGGAGGAGGAGGAAGAGGAGGAGGAGGAGGAGGAGGAGGAGGAGAGGAGGACGGGAGGAGAAGGGAAGAAAAUAAACAGUCCAGCUGUCGUGGUGGAGCCCAUUACACUGCAGGUGGAGUCAGUCAGCGACACAACACAACAGCACUCACCUAUCAAUGAGAUCCAGCUGAACUUCACCAUUGAGACGACCCCCCCCGCCUCCCUCCCCAGCACAGGUGAGAGACAAAGACACACUGAGAGACAGAGAGACACAGAGACAGAGACAGAGAGACGCAGCACCCCCACACUCAGUGCAGCUCUCCCAUCAAUGCUGAUCACCAUCUUCUACUCGGGUCUGGAGGUGUCCCAGAGGAGGAUCAUGGGUAAGGACGUGAAGAUUGCGUCCCGCCUCCCAUCCAGAAACCCUGCCCCUGGCCCCGCCUCCUCCGUGGAGAAGGUGUGGUUUCCCUCGGCGGCCAGCCUCUCGAACCCGGUCAGGAGCCAGGCUCUCUCCAGGCUCCUGCCCUUCCUGGAGCGAGGGGUCCUGCUGGCCUGCAACCCCCAAGGGCUCUUCAUUCAGAGGCUGUGCCAGGGCAGAGUGUUCUGGAGCGGGCCUGGGGCACCCCACCACGACCGGCCAAACAAACUGGACAGGCAGGAGUCGCUGGUGCAGCUGUUCGACGCGAAGCACUUCAACCACGAGCUGGAGGUGUACCGCAUGUCGGGGGGCCAGCCGCCCCAGUUCAAAGUGACCCUCUGUUUCGGAGAAGAAUUCCCCGACAACGACCCUGUGACUGACAAACUCAUCACAGUACAGGUGGAGCUACCGCGGGCUCGACAGCAGCUGGAGGAAGUGACAUCGUUCCGAGAGUCCGUGGCCCUCCUCCAAGACCUAGCCAGCCAGUCGCCGCUAGGGGAGGUGACCCUUAACCUCUACGGAAUUUCCUAAGAAGCCCCCCACCCCCACCCCCUCCCUCCCCCUCCCCCUCCCCCUCCCCCUCCCCCUCCCCCUCCCCCUCCCCUCCCUCUGUGUGUGUGUUACUUGCACUGGAUACCCGCCCCUCUUGCGAAGCAUGUCAGUCAACCGGGGAGGCAGCAGCUGAUUGGCUAAGGAAAGAAAAGAGGGUGGGGGCUAAAGCAAUAAGUAACUACACACGCUGAUAGGAAACAUCACUAAAAUGGUUAAACACAUCAAGCUAACGACAGUUGAUAAUCAGUGCCAAUGGAGUCAAUGGUCACUGAUAAUGUGUGAGGGUUGGGAGCUGUGUGGAGUGAAUGGUCACUGAUAAUGUGUGACGGUUGAGAGCCGUGUGGAGUGAAUGGUCACUGAUAAUGUGUGAGGGUUGGGAGCUGUGUGGAGUGAAUGGUCACUGAUAAUGUGUGACGGUUGAGAGCCGUGUGGAGUGAAUGGUCACUGAUAAUGUGUGAUAUAUUGAUAUGUCAGGUAUAUUGCAGUAAAUUGAGCGUUCUGUGAUAAAGUGAUGAAUGUCAAUUUAAUUGUAGCUACGAGACCCAAAACACCACUAAACUUAACUUUGAUGCACACUUUUUUUUUUCAUAUGCACAUUUAAAAUGUUUGUUGAUCUUCAAAACACUUAUUCACUUUCAAGUUUGUAUAUUUUACAUCUUAAAUUACAGAUUCUGUAGCGAGUCCCCUUAAAAUCUCUAUAGCUUUAUAUAUUGUAUAGCAAAAAGACACACGAGUUUCAAUAGCUAUAGUUCUAUAUAUUACAGUUAGGAUUCAUUUCUAUAUAAAUAUAUACACAAAAAAACAGGAUUUUUAAAUUGUUAAACUGAAGGAAAUCAACGUGUGAUUUGAGCACUAAAACGUCUCUAAAUGUGUUGAUUGAAUUAUCUCGAGGCAGCAAUGCAAAAAUAGCUUUUUAACAAAUUAAAUAACUACCAUCAUCAAUAUUUAUUUUUUAUAUUAAUAGUUUUUUUUUGUUUUUUUUUUAAAUCUCCUUCUCCCGAGCAGAUCAUGAAUACUGACUAUAUUACUAAUUAACAGGGUAUAUAACAGCAACUUUUAAACACUGAUAACUGAAAUAUAAUUUUAAAAAAUUAAAAAAGCGAUCUUGGAUAAAACACACACGCACACGUUUAUUUAAGAUGCUUUUUUUUUU